GGCUGCCAAUCUCAACAGGUGCGUCCAAUCGGCUUACUAUUCUUUAAGUAGGUUUAGCCAAUGAAGAGGCAGCGGCCAUGUUGUGUCCCAGGAGACUCAGAGAUUGUUGGGGGAGCAGGGAAGCUGUCCCUAUCCGGAGUUUGAGGUGGGGGAUCCGGGCUGCGAGACUCUGCUGGAGCACCAAGUAGAACACAAUUGAUCGCCAUGAGCCGGCCGUCCUCUGCGGGCGGCGGAGGCGGAGGACUCGGGGCCGGGAAAGCAGGGAGUGGAAAGCACGGUGUGUCUGCUGGGGCAGCCGCCGCCGCUGCAGCUGCAGUUGCUGCCGCCGCCGCUGCUGCAGCAGCGGCUGCGGCUGCUGGAGUGGCCGGAUCAGCGGCCGGAGCAGGCUCAGUUACUCCGGCUGCCGCUGCUUCUUUGCCCACCGCAGUCCUCCCGUGCCAGGCCGCGGAACUUACUGCUCUUUUUGAGUGCCCGGUGUGUUUUGAUUACGUGCUGCCACCGAUCCUGCAAUGCCAGGCCGGGCACCUAGUGUGCAAUCAGUGCCGACAAAAGCUGAGCUGUUGCCCCACCUGUCGCGGGCCUCUAACCCCCAGCAUCAGGAACUUGGCCAUGGAGAAAGUGGCUUCCACUCUCCCGUUCCCCUGCAAGUAUGCCUCAGCCGGCUGCCUGCUCUCCUUGCACCACAGCGAGAAGCCGGAGCAUGAAGAGGUGUGUGAGUUCCGGCCGUACACCUGCCCCUGCCCGGGGGCCUCCUGCAAGUGGCAGGGCUCGCUGGAGGCGGUCAUGCCCCACCUGAUGCACGCCCACAAGAGCAUCACCACGCUGCAGGGCGAGGAUAUCGUCUUCCUGGCCACGGACAUCAACCUGCCGGGGGCCGUCGACUGGGUCAUGAUGCAGUCCUGCUUCGGCCACCACUUCAUGCUGGUGCUGGAGAAGCAGGAGAAGUACGAGGGCCACCAGCAGUUCUUCGCCAUCGUGCUGCUCAUUGGGACCCGCAAACAGGCCGAAAACUUUGCCUACCGCCUGGAACUCAACGGGAACCGCCGUCGGCUGACGUGGGAGGCCACGCCUCGGUCCAUCCACGACGGCGUGGCCUCUGCUAUCAUGAACAGCGACUGCUUGGUCUUUGACACCUCCAUUGCCCACCUCUUUGCAGACAAUGGCAACCUGGGUAUUAAUGUCACUAUAUCCAUGUGCUGAGCAGCAGUUGUGUUGGCAAUGAGUGUGGAAGUUGAGAGAGAAAGAGGAACCUGCCUCAGGAGGAGGCAAAGGAGGGUCUUUGGAUUUUUCUCACCAUGGAAACCCCGUAGGGGGAGGUAUCUUGCUAAGCUCUGCAGAGUUCUGCAAGGGUGACUGGCUGCUGCAAACUGCUCUGAUGUCAAGUAACCUGUGUGAGGACAGGCAUGAUUUUGUGUUUGUGAGCCUGCAUCUGGCGUUGCUAUAAUGCUGCAUACUUACAUUUUUUUUUUUUUUCUACAAAUUUGCAGCAGUCAGCUGACCUGUACGGGUAUGUUUGCGGGUUCAUGCAGUCGUCUUGUACACUGAUGUUUGGGUGUGCAUGCUUGCAAGGGUGUGGACGUGUACGGCACCUGUUUCUGUGCGUGCAUGUAAGUAUGCAUCAGUGUGGCUGCGUGUGCAUGCAAGUGUGUGGAAGCCAAGCUGUGUACUGUGCAUAGGUAGUAAAAUUGCACAAUGUGCACACAAGACUGCAAGUUAAUGUGGAGAGCAGGAGAGAGACUGAUCAUUGUGAUUUUAAUGGUGAUCCCAAAUGGUCCCGCUAGGUAGGGUCAAAACUGAUUCUGCAUUAUGUGAUGCAGAGCAGGCAAGCUCCAGCAGAGGGCACUUCGAGGCACUUUGGAAAUAUCAGGCUACAGUCACUUUGGUAGCGUAGUAAUAGCAGUGAGGAAUAGGUUUGUUCUGAACUGAGAAAAUGUUUUCUUCAAAAGGUAGGACCUAUGGGCAGAGAGUUUAGGUGCAGAAAAUGUCAUUCAGUCAUUUUAAUCGCAGCAUUCCUCGGCAAUCGGUACAAUAUUUCUAGAGCUCCAAAAUAUUCCACUGGGACAUUGAUGCUGUCACCAUAAUACCUUAGAUGAACGCUCAAGAGAUGUGUGUGUGUGUGUGUGUGUAAUUACUAUGACAUCAAAUGCCUACAAGUACCUCCACUGUUUGUUUUCAAACACACUUUCCCUUGCCAAAGGUAUGUUCAACAUACUGAAAUGUUGGGAAGUGUAUAUAUAACAUACAUACUUACAUACACACACACUAUGUUGCAAUGGAAACAGAAAGCUAUAUUUAAAAAAAAAAAAAAAAAAAUACGUUCUUGUAAUCUUUA